AUGGCUUCUGAUACUGAAAUGGAAUAUGGCAAGUUGAGGCUCGGCAAGAGCGGGCUUAAAGUCUCCAAGAUCAUUUUGGGCUGCAUGUCGUAUGGGGAUCCCGAGUGGUCUGACUGGGUCCUUGGGGAGAAGGAAAGUAUCGAACAGAUCAAGUAUGCCUACGAACAAGGUAUCAACACUUUCGACACUGCCAACAUGUACUCUUGUGGCGCUUCCGAAGAGAUCCUCGGUAAGGCUGUCAAGGAGAUUGGCUGCCCCCGAGAGGCAGUCGUCAUCUUGACCAAGCUCUACAUGCCCAUCACCCGGGGCAGUCACAAAAGGCCGCCGGACUUUGAUGUCCUCGAUAAGAAGGGCUAUGUCAACCAGUACGGGCUGAGCCGAAAGCACAUCUUUGACUCUGUGCAAGCUUCCCUCGAGCGACUCGACACUGGCUACAUCGACGUUCUCCAGUGCCACAGGUUUGACUACAACACCCCUAUCGAAGAGACCAUGCAAGCCUUGCACGAUGUCGUUCAGAAGGGCUGGGUCCGAUACAUCGGCAUGUCCAGUUGCUGGGCCUACCAGUUUCACGCCAUGCAGAACUAUGCCAUCAACAACCGCCUCACCCCCUUCAUCUCCAUGCAAAACUUCCACAACGCCUGCUACAGGGAAGAAGAGCGCGAGAUGAUGCCCACUCUCCAAAUGUUUGGCGUCGGCUGUAUCCCCUGGUCCCCGCUUGCCCGAGGUUUCCUCACAAGGCCAUGGCAGAACACCGAGGAGAAAAAGUCUACUAGGGCAGGGUCUGAUGCGCUCUUCAAGGCGGCAGGCUUCAGCGCGCCCGAGGAAGGCAAGAAGCGAGUUAACGAAGCGAUUGCUGCUAUCGCUUCGGCUAGGAGCGUGAGCAUGGCUCAGAUCGCCAUGGCCUGGUCCAUCAGCAGGCCUUUCGUCACUGCUCCUAUCGUCGGGACAACUAGUCUGGACAAGCUCAAGGAUUUGUUGGCGGGUAUCAAGAUUGAGUUGACCGAGGAAGAGAAAAAGUCUAUCGACGAUGCGUAUGUGCCUCAGGCUGUCGUAAGCGCAAAUGUUAUACAACGAUGGGCAUAA